ACUCUGUGGUGUUCGGUAGGUCAGACUGGUCAGACGUGACAUUCAAAGAGAAUACAAAUAGUGACAUUAGGGACAAGUGAAGUUGAUAAAAUGAUUUAUAUGAUUUAAUGAUACGAUACUUUUAUAUUUCGUAUUCUCAGAAAUUCGCUAUUAGUGUAAGCUAUUUUGUAGAUACAAUGGUUCCGGCACAAAAUAAUCUAAUGAGAAAUGGUCACAUAUUACCUGUGCUGUUAUGUGCUAUAGCCAUCCCGUUAUCAAUGUCUAUGUGGACCAUCAAUCUAAUAUAUUCAAAAUACCUCGCAGAGAACCAAGGUUUCGAUGAGCCACUAGUUAUAUCACCUACAAGAUGGAUGAUGUCAUGCUUCAUACCACUGGUUAUAGCUGUUUAUGGUAUAAGAAAAAGAAGUAUAAAUUUCAGUGGUGCAAUAUUUGGAUUUGUUGUGGCAUUCAUACUGACGCUCAGCAACUACAGUUUCUUGGCAGCAUUAUUUGUAUUUUUCGUGACAUCUUCCAAAGCAACUAAGUUACGGUCUCAUCUGAAAAAGAAAUUUGAAGCAGAUUAUCAGGAAGGUGGCCAAAGGAAUUGGGUGCAAGUAUUGUGCAACGGCGGCAUGGCUGCACAGCUAGCAUUGUUAUACCUGCUGGAUGUCGGCUCGUCUGAAAGACCCAUAGACUUCGUGAAAGAUUACAGGGCGUCGUGGCUAACAAUAGGAGUAUUAGGUGUGUUUUCCUGCUGCAAUGGCGACACAUGGGCAUCUGAACUGGGCACGGUUUUAACUAACACCGAUCCAUUUUUAAUAACGUCUUGGAAGAAAGUGCCAAAAGGCACCAAUGGAGGAGUCAGCGCUAUGGGAACGGUAUUCAGUUGUUCCGGCGGACUUGUUAUUGGCGUGGCUCAAUACAUAACAAUUUGGUACUUUUCGGACGCAGCACGAUGGGAUUAUGCGCCGCCCCAAUGGCCAAUAAUAUUUUUCGGCGCUUGGUCUGGUCUGCUGGGUAGUAUAAUUGAUUCGUUGAUGGGUGCGACGUUGCAAUAUUCGGGUCUAAACCGAGAGGGUAAAAUCGUGAAUCAUCCUAGUCAAUCAGUAAAGCACAUAUCUGGAAGGAACAUAUUGGACAAUCAUAGUGUGAAUCUCAUAUCGACAGUUAUCAUGGGUCUUAUGAUGCCUACUCUAAGCAAGACAAUAUGGCAUUUGUUUUAAUCUAAGCGGUACUGUAAUUAAAUCACUGCAAAAUAUUGCUCUAGUCAAAGAUUGGGGCUCAUUAUUGAACUUAAUAAUGUAAUGUAGUCAUAUUCAACAGAUGAUAUCGAUUAUUCUGGUCAACAUGUUUGAUAUCGAAUACGUGACGAUGUUUAGUAAAAAUCGUAAUUAUAAAAAGGCCAAAAAACUUAUAUUGGAUUUAUUAAUUUAUUAUUUUUGGGAAUCGUUUUGUUACUUUUAUGGACGAUGUAAAGUUCUUAAACAAUCAAUACAUGUUAAGUUUUUUAAAAUAUUCGCUACAAGUUUUUAUCCAACUUAUUAUUAAUACUUGUUCUUUAGUGGCAGCUUGCUACAAUAGUAACUAUUAUAGUCAUUGCGUAGACAACCAAGUUGAGUAUAUAGAACUAUGGGUAUACCUAGGUAUUUGUACGUAAUAUAGUCUAUAGGUACAUAUUAACGAUGUCAGUAACUGUUAGCAUAGCAGAUCAUAUUUUUUAUUGAAUUCAUUACGAAAUUGGCCUGUUAUAAUGUAAUUAUCUAUGUAGAUAUUAAUUAUACUUGGAUACAAUUUAUAAAUUUAGGUUGCCAUUUAACAAAUUGAUCACAAUUGAGAGUGGGUACUGAGUCAUUAUUCAUAUUAAAUACAUUGUGCAUACGACUAAGGGACUUAGAUUCAACGCAUAUAUGUUACAUACUUUAGUAUGUAUUGUAUGUAAAAUUAUUGGGAUUACUUUUAAGAAAUUUUCGUUCUACAUAGAUUCAUAAUUCGUAAUUUAACACAUAGGCUGAAUUGAAAUUGAAAAAAUGGAACAUUGUAAAAUUUUCUUACAUUUUAUUCUUAUUACCUAAGGCCAACUUAAUAGAUUUACUACAGUUUAAACCUGUUUUUUGGCGUAAUAUUAGGAUUAACAGCUGGUGGGUUUUUUAGUGGAUUACUUUACAGGAGUAAAUAGGAGGAACAGGAAAAAAAGGUACGAAAAUAUUUGAAUGAUUUUGUCCCAUAAGUAAUACAACUAUAUAUAACUUAUGUAUACAAAAACGUUACUAGAAGAAAUAAUACUACUGCAACCUAAAAGAAGCCGUUAGCAAAAGCCGACAAAAAAAAUUCUUUGCAAAAAAGGGCCACUGGAUUAUCAGAAUUGGAACAUUUUUGGUAGACUGACGAAUAUCUCAAUGUUAUAGUUUGAUUUUUUGUGGGUGCGACAACGCUGACUUAGGCUAUAUUGCUAUAAUAAGGUGUAUACAAGUGAAUUUAAGCUAUACGGUGGUCGAAUACGAUUCACAUUAAAAUUAUAAAGAUUUGCUCAUAGACAAAAAGUUGUCUGAACAGAUGCCUACCUAAGAAUACUUUUUUUCAAGAACUGAUCCAACAAGAUUCCAAACUCUCUAUUGUAAUGGUAAUAACAGGUAGGUAACAGUAAUUUAUAUUUUCAAAUUUAUCAGUACUUACUACUUUUGUGAUUUAAUUAUUGUUCGUAAUAGUCAUCUUGUGUAAUUGUAUUAUAUGAAUGAUUGAGGAUAUUAUCCACUUGUUUAGGAUUUUUAUAUGCAUUUGUUUUGUUAGUACAAGGCAUUUUGUUAAUAUGUCGGUAUCUUAGAAUAGGCACUAACGUGACCUAGAAAAAUAAAUAAACUUUUAGAACAA